CCCUGCUCAGUGCCUAGCAGUAACAUGGCCGUGAUACAGAAGAAGGAACAGAGAGAGACCCCCAGCAAGAAGACAGCACCCCAAGAAGACAGAAAGGGUGUUUCUACCAGAGAUACUCAAGACAACCAGAAAAAGGACAGCAGAGCCGGGAGACAGGGAGAAAAAGGCAAUGAAGACAUAAAGCCCAAUAAUUCAGAGAAGAGAAGAGCAGUCAUCUGUGUCCCUGCCUCCAUCAAAUCAGCUGUGAUCAGUAACAACACAACCAGUCCUGGAAACCCAGCAGGGCCACAGGCGCUGAAGGUUGAUGAGAGGCUGAGACUAGCGAAGGAGCGGAGGGAGGAGCAGGAGAAUCAGCUUGUGUCCAGAGAGCUGAGCUGGUUGGCUCGGGAGGAGCGGGCCAGGCGUCUCUAUGAGCAGCGGCUGGAGGAGAGGAAGAGGAGGCUGCAGGAGCAGAGAGAGAAGGAGGAGAAGCGAAGGACAGCUCUUGAGCGGAGGGAGGAGCUUAAAAAACAGCUUAUUUCCAGAGAGCUGGGCCGGUUGGCUCGAGAGGAGCGGGCCAGGUGUCUCUAUGAGCAGCAGCUGGAGGAGAGGAAGAGGAGGCUGCAGGAGCAGAGAGAGAAAGAGGAGAAGAGGCGCACUGCCGUGGAGGAGAAAAGGAGGCAGAGGAUGAAGGAGGAGACAGAGCGCUAUGAGUCUGUGGUGAAGAAGACCUUGGAGAAGAGCCAGAGGGCCAAACAGAGACUGAGCCAGGGCUCUCGAGGAAGGAAGACCGACAACAAAAGCGCUCCUCGCCACUCCCCCCUGACUGCCUGGGAGAGGGCUCUGGUCUGCCGCCUCCUCACCCCAACAUGCUCCUACCUAGCCAGGAGCAGGAGUCAUAGUUGUCAGUCAAGAGAAGAGGAAGUUGUCCAUGUUUGUCCCCGUUCAGUUUCAUGCCACUCCAUGUCUGCCACUGCCACCAACUCUCACAAAUCACCCCACCGCUCUGGACCACCUGACCACCACUGGGUGCAGUCAGGCCUCCAGGCAGACUACCGGUCUGGACCACCUGACCACCACUGGGUGCAGUCAGGCCUCCAGGCAGACUCCCGGUCUGGACCACCUGAUCACCACCGGGCACAGUCACUCUUCCAGGCAAAUCUCCGGGCAGACUACCGGUCUAUCAUCCGGGCAAACUACCAGUUAAAAGCAGCACAGCAGAAGGAGAGUGAGAGGACGGUCAGACAGCAGCCUUACAUAACCAAUGCUCCCGUGAAAGUGUUACCCACAAACCCACAGAGCAGAGAUGCAGUGCCCUCUCCAGAACGUAAACCUGUGAUCAGACACAAACCUGUGAUCAGACAGCCUCCAUCAAAGCAGGUUGGGCUGGAACUGGACCCUGUUCCGGAGGAGGAUGGUCCUCCAGUCUCCAACCAAACCCUCUCCCCUGGAAACUCACGGCCCAGCCAGACCAUCUCUCCUUGGGCUCCAGUCCCCAAUCACACCCUCUCCCCCGGGAACUCACGACCUAUCAGGAUCUCAGCAGCAGCAUGGGACCAGGUCCAACCAUUCCUAGGCUCACCUGAGGACGAUACAGGUGAUAGUCAGCAUCUAAAAGUGCAAGCCCCCCUUCCUGGAGCCCCCUCCUGCCCCAGGUCCUCUGCUGGCACCAUGGAUCCAGAGGAGGCCUCACGUCUCCUGGCCGAGAAGAGAAGAGAGGCCCAUCUGAAGAGAGAGAGAGAGGAGGAGGAAUGCCUGCGCAGGGAGGAGGUAGAGAGGCGAGGCAGAGAGGAGCUGGAGUGCAGGAGGGCAGAGGAACGAGCACGGCUCGAGGCUGAGGCCCAGUGGCUGGCAGAGGAGAGGAAGAGGAGGGAGGAAGAGGAGCAGAGACAUGUAGAGGAGGAGAGAGCCCUCAGAGCCACGCAGGAAGCUGCUCUCCUCCAGAAACAGAGAGAGGAGGAGGAGGCCCAGGCCAGGGACAAGGCAGAGCAGCAGAGGCUGCAGAGAGAGAAGCACUUCCAGAAGGAGGAGGAACAACGACAGGAGAGGAAAAAGCGACUGGAGUUGAUCAUGAGGAGGACUAGGAAGACCACAACUGAAGAUAAAAAAAAGCCUGUCCUGAAUGGGAAGUCAAACAGGAACUCCUCCUCUCCAGAGGAAGCCCAACCAAAAAAGAACACUGAGCCUGUGAAGAACGGCAACGGCACUUUAGAAGAGGUCAUCAACCUAGGGGUCGGGACGGGGACCAAGCUGUCCAAUCUAGGUCUGAGUGGCGUGGAAGACAACAUAGUUCCUGUCGUGGCCUUCAAAGAACGGAGGUCCCUGAUAACUCUGACAGGCAUGGAGGAGAUCCAGUCCCAUCAGAGUACAGGUGAGAACUCAUCACCACAUCCUCCAUCAGCUCAUCUAUACUCUCUAUGCUAUGUAGAUAUUACACUAGAGUCCUGAACGAAUGAGCCCCCCAAAAGUCCAAGAUUUCUACUUCGGGCAACGCCAAGAGGUUAUGGGCUCUCAAUAUUCAAUGUGUGAUUCGAACCCUGAAGCUGAUUACAUAGCUAAGGUCUCUCAAUCAUUUUUUGGUAUGUGCCUCUAAGUCUAAGUAUGAACUGAAUCCACUGAUUUGAUCUUAUUAACCCAUUUCUAUCACGUACUCCUUAGAAGUUAUCUGAGUAUCGUACAGAUCAGAGGGGGGAGACAACCCAUCCACGAAUCUUUCCACAGCUGUGGUGUUUUUUCCUUUUUCAACAAAGAAAGCAAUAACUUCAGCAUUUUUUUCCUGCCCUGCACUUUUAGAGAGAGCAUGUGAUAAGAAACAAACAUUUCUCUGGAGGACUUUCCUAUCUCGAAAGGAGAUCACCACCGUUUGGUCACAUUUCUCUUUAAUCCAAAAUGGCACGAGCUGCAUGUGGCAUCACCAUCUACAUUCUGAAACACUAGACAGGGGAGCUUGUUCAGUGUUGCUGCAAUGACAAUGUCUUAUCUACUCUGUAAAUGAGGGUCCAUGCCUCCUAGCUGUAGAUUUAAAGUGAUUAAAUUAAUAGUUUGAUAUGGUGGGCGUUAGAUACAUUAAUACAUUGUGUAAAGAUGUAUUCUGUCUAUACAUUUUUUACUGUAUUGGUGCUGAAGGUCUCACAAUCUUGACUGAUGUUUUUAGUCAUGUGCUGUAGCUUAUUCCCUAAGCUUUUCCUAACUAUGCUGCUAUUUGAGCACUUUGCCUUCCAGUUAGUAGGAUAGUGGUGUGCUAGUUUCUGACCAAAAGCUUUUGUUUUUAGUUCAAAUAAACGCCACUUUCUGUCUUACUUUCCCUAUUUCUGUGGAUAUAAUCUAAUAAUAUUUUUCAAAGCUGCUAUGGAACUUGUGUGGUUUGUAGUAUUAGAGUCCUCUACUCACUUGAGGGUUGACCACUUGCAAAGUAUUUUGGCAGUUCCUUACUUGGAAAUUGUGCAAUCAUUUUAGAAAACAAAUUAUAUAUAAAAAGGGUCUGAAGUGUAAAAUGUAAGUCUGUUUAUUAAGAAGGUGUAAAAACAAAUAAAGCAAUGCACUGAUAAAUCUGUGAUCUGGUAUGAGUAGGUUGUCAUUUGUUUCAUACACUGCCCUCCUGUCCAUGUACAGUGCAUUAAGAAAGUAUUCAGACCCCUUCACUUUUUAAAAUUUUUGUUACG